AGUCGUCCUGCGAAGCUACGGAAAUGCAAGCUAACACGUGGAAACAGUGAGUUACCGUGUUUUGUUGUGUAUGUCAGGGCGGUGUAGUGCCUUUUUUGAACCGUGCCUUGUGAACGGUGACAUUAACAAGCUUGCUGACGGCGGCGUUAGCUCUUCAGCGGGCUGCUGAGCUAGUUUGUCACUGUUAUAAUGGCGGAUAACGGAGAUGAGGACGCCCAGUACAGGAUUAAAGAGGGAGACUACGUUGUGUUGAAACGAGGAGACAUCUUCAAAGCUGUGCAGAUUCAGCCGAAGAAGAAGGUGGUCUUUGAGAAGCAGUGGUUCUUCUUGGACAAUGCAGUGGGACACUUGUACAGCACCACUUUUGAGAUCGUGUCUGGAGGGACUCUACAACCGCAGAGGCCCAAGAGCACCCAGAGCACCUGUGAUGCAAAGGAGGCAGGCACAGACAACCGAAAUAUAGUGGAUGAUGGGAAAUCUCAGAAACUAACCCGGGAAGACAUUGAGACGCUCAAAGAGCAAGGUCUGAAGGGUCAGGAAAUCAUUCAGCAGCUUAUAGAGAACAGCACAACAUUCAGAGACAAGACCGAGUUUGCUCAGGAGAAGUACAUCAAGAAGAAAAAGAAGAAGUAUGAAAAUAUCGUGACAAUUUUAAAACCUUCCUGUCGCAUUAUGGCAAUGAUGUACCAUGGCCGAGAACCAGGGAAGAUCUGCCACCUGCGGUAUGACACGCUGGCCCAAAUGCUGACACUGGCAAACAUCCACGCAGGAAGUAAAGUUUUGGUGUUUGAGACCUGCGCUGGCCUCGUGCUGGGAGCUGUUAUGGAGAGGAUGGGAGGCUAUGGUUCAGUGAUCCAAAUGUACCCAGGAGGCGGCCCAGUUCGGGCAGGCGUGGAGAGCUUUGGCUUUCCCACUCACUUCCACGAUAUGCUGCAUGAGUUUCCCAUCUGCCAUGUCAACGCUCUGCUGGCAGGCACCCUGGACACCACUGCCAAAGACCCCAAUGCUGAUGCAGCACAGUCCAGUAGCACUGCAGAAGAAGAGCCGACCCAGCCUGAUCCCGGCCAACAGGGCAGUCCAGAGGAACAGAGCAUGGACACCAGCUCUGGCCCUGACCCUCCCCAGGACCAGGACAAAGAAGAGAAGGAGAAACGCAAGGAACUCAAAGCUCAAGAGAAGAAGGUGAAAAUGGAAGAGAAGAGAAAGAAGCUGGCAGCUGCUGCUGCCCAGCUGGAGGGGCAGAACGCAGAUGGGUUGGUUAUAGCCAGUCGGUUUCACCCGUGUCCAGUUCUAAUCGGGCUGCUCAAAUUCCUCGCCCCCUCCCGGCCCUUUGUGGUGUACUCCCAGUACAAAGAGGCUCUUAUCGAGUGCUACACAAAACUCAAGGAACAAGGCGGUACCGUCAACCUCAGACUCACCGAUACCUGGCUCAGACAUUACCAGGUGUUGCCUAACAGGACGCAUCCCGUGCUAUUGAUGAGCGGGGGCGGGGGAUACCUCCUCUCAGGGACCACAGUUGCCACGGACAACUCCAAACCCGCAGGCUCCCAGAGAGCUGAGGAGCCAGCGUCAAAGAGACUCAAACUGACAGACACCGAAGGAUAAACAGCUACAGACGUCUCUGACUUCUAUAAGGGCAGAUCACUAAUGGCCUGUGGUGGUUUCCUCCAGCAAUGACGAUCCUUUCCGCUGAACUGAUCUGACACAUCUGGAAUAGGGGAGACAAAGUGUCUUGUUUGCAUUCAUCAUAGCAGUUUCUCCCGUCUUGUGUUUUCAGAUCAGUGCAGAUGAAGGCGUGAAGCUGAAGAGUUGUACUGUAAUGCCAGUUUAGGCUAUUUGAACUCACUGUAUGUGUUAUGUAAGGAACUGCUAAAAUCAGAAUCGUGUGUGUUGUCGAGAAUAAGUGAUCGUUCUUCUUUGUCUCGUCCCUUGAGACCAGGUGUAAAAAAGAAAAUGCUUUUUUUUUUUUUUUUUGUUAAUUCUCUGCUUUUAAGUUAAGAGAGAUGGUGUUUUUUAUUUUGUUAUUCCUCUGAGGAAAGUGCCAUGUAGAAAACGAGCCAUUUGCUAAUUCAGCUUUAUACUGUGGAUUACAUCAGCACAGAAUAAAAUGCAGUUCUGAAAACACCAUUUGUAAUUCACAGUACUUUGUAAUGAGCUUUAUGUGAGAAAUGAAACAUUGAAAAGUAUUUGUUUGGUCCCAGAAUCAUUUAUUUUAUUAAGUGCAGACCAGACAAACCUUUAUGAACACAGUAAUGUAAAUUGCUGGACAACUUGCCUCAGCCAUAUAUUAGCAAUUUCAUUUUAUAUUUUACUAUAUGUUUGUUAUAUAAACAUCAAAACCAUUCCCAUGCGUAUUUUAAUAACAUCAGAAUAACAACAAAAUAUCACAAAUACAAUGAUAAACAAGUUGAUAGAAUCUUU